AAUCUCUCAAGCUGCAGCCAACAAAUUGACAUUCUCCACUUCCCCUGCAUCACUAAUUCGCUAAAAUCCAACGUUCUCCGCGGCAUUUCGCCGAGCACCCGCCAUGCACUCCCUCCGGCGCGCCCUCCGCGUCCCCAUCCCCACCACCUCCGCCUCCGGCCUCCGAGGCCUGUCGUCCCACCGCCGUGCGCCGCCGCCGCAGGCUCCCUCCGCGAUCACUGGCGACGACGAGUGGAACGACGCGUGGGAGACCGCGUGGCUCCCGGGCGACUCUCGCGCCUCCACCCCGGCGCCCGCCGCUCCGUGGGAAUCACCUGCCUCCUCGGCCUCGGCGGCCACCGCCGUCCCGGCCAUCUGCACCGAGGUGGAUCUCGACACGAAGGCCUUCGUGGCCGACAUGGACGAGCGCUGGGCCGAGCGCCGCGCCGCGUCGAGGCGGGGUCCGUCGCAGCGCGCGCCUCGUUCGGCGGAGGGAGGGGCCGGCGAAGUGGCGAAGAAGAAGGCUCAGGCGGACGAGUACAGGACGAGGAAGCAGCGCGUGCACGCCGCGCUGUGGGUGAAGGAGAUCGAGAAGAUGGAGGAGGUGCGACUCGGCAGCGGGGGAGGCGGCGCCGACGACAUCGACCGGCUCCUCGACUCGUGCUCAGAUAUCUUUGAUUCUGGCAACACUGAUUUUGGCAAUUCUAAGAUCCCAAGCACUACUGAGAUCAAAACCAAGCCUGUCGGUUGGGAAACUACCUCGAGAGGUCAGGAUGGAAAUAUAUGGGAGAUCUCACAGCGAGAAGAGGACAUCCUUCUCCAGGAAUUUGAAAGGAGAAUCGCUUUCAGUAAACAACAGAUUGCUAGCUUCAUCAAAACCCACAUUUUUAGUCGGAGGCGUCCUAUUGAUGGAUGGAAGUACAUGAUUGAAGAAAUUGGCCCUAACGCGAGAAAAGGAAAGGGGAGUGUGCAAAGACUACCGAGUGUGACUGAUCCCACAACCCAGCCGUACAGGGAAGACACACAUGCAAUUGCCUCUGGUUCCUCUUUCAGAGGAAACCGGCCAUAACAAUCUCCAAUAUACUCUCUUUCAUCGAUUUACAUAGGCUAGGGUUCUUUUGCUUCGAAAGUUGUAUUGGUGGCUUUGUGGAGAACAUGGUGAAUUUUCUGAUUCCUUCAAGGUCAUAUGUGUACUGAUGCUUUCCAAUUAACGGUAACGGAUACGUUUAAGCUU